GUUAGCGGUGCAGUGUUGUGAGUCUGCUGCUAGCAAAACCUCACAUUACAGAACAUCACACUUCAAUAUAUAAACCACACAAGGUUUCUUUCAUUAAACAGGAGCUGCUCGCUGCGGAAUAUUAUGUCAGACACGGAGACCAAGCCCUCAAGUGAUGGAGGUGACAAGAAGGAUGGAGAAUAUAUCAAGCUCAAAGUGAUCGGUCAGGACAACAGUGAAAUUCACUUUAAAGUGAAGAUGACGACACAUUUAAAGAAGCUGAAGGAAUCCUACAGUCAGAGACAGGGUGUACCCAUGAACUCUCUAAGGUUUCUUUUUGAGGGACAGAGAAUCGCAGACAACCAGACCCCCAAAGAGCUGGGAAUGGAGGAUGAAGAUGUGAUCGAGGUGUAUCAGGAACAGACCGGAGGCUGCUGGAACGAAUAGACCUUUAUAUUCAAGCUCUUUAUUUUUAUUUUGUAUGUAUGACAUUUAUUUCUUCUGUUUCCUUUUGGUCUCACCGGAGCGGGACACAGAAAAACCAUCUGGAUCAAAUCGAUAUUCAUUCAGGGCGAAGGAAUCGGGGGGGGGGGGAUGUUAAUAAUUGAGUGGGCAAAGUGUGACGGCUUAACAGAGAAUCCACACCCCUCGUUCAUCAUCAUCUUUCAUCGUCUCUUUUGCUCAUCCCUUCCCCUGUUUUAAAGGAUUCUGCUCAUAUGCUGCGAGCUGAAUAAAGUACAUCCCUUUUCUUUUAAAUGAUGAGUGAUCGAAAGCUGUUAAAGCCAAACAACGAAUCAAGACAAAGUUGUGAAGGCAUUGUUUAGUUUAACUGGACGUUGUUUUUCAUCUGAAUCUUAGGCAUUCAUCAUCGCUUUGUUUAUUUCAUUGUUUUGACCUGUGUCCACAAUGUGUCAAUGUGAAGUUUUAUUCUACCAUUAACACAUCUGAAAACACAGUAUUUUACAACAAGAUGUUUGGGAGUGGCUUAUUUAUGUGAAGUUAUUGUCUGUUGAUGUUCUAAAGGUGUCAAAUGUUAUAUCCUCGGAUUAUGCGUGUCUUCAGCAGCUACAGUUCAUUUGCGCUCUGUGAAUAUCAAGCGAGAGGUCACUGUAUUGUAAUAUCUUUCUUAUUUUGGUUUUGCAUGUUUUGUCGGAUGUAUAAGAAUAUGUUGUCUCCCGCUCUUCACGUAGACUUGGAUAUUUAGCUCUUCUUUAAGUCACAGUAAUGGACACACGGCACCAAACCUGAACGGUCGUCAGAUGAUUUAUAAAUGUGUUGUUUGAUUCAAACACUGUUAUAUAUUUUUUAAUUCUGUGUGUGAGAUGAGUGAAAUUUGGUCCAGAUGGUUUUGUGGGUAUAGGAGAAUUUUUACUUUGCUUUUGUCUUGUUUUUUUUUUAAAUAAAAUGUGUCAAAACACCA